AUUUGGAGAUGCAUUUGUAUUUCCCCGAUUCCACAGUGUUCGAUACUCGACGCGACCACUUCACCCUCCAUUCCAAGACUGGCAUUCUUUCACAGGGUACUUUCUGCGCAGGCGCAGGCACUCUCAUUCAGUACCGAGAAGUGCAGCGGUGAUCCUGAUGGUUAUAGUAUCUUGUUAACAUGGCUGACGGUGUUCUGCCACAAGCCUUCUCCCUCGUCGGAUGGACAUUUCUCCCUGCUUAUGCGACAUCCUUCCUACAGUCGGCGUACUAUCGUCUUACCAUCCCUGCCGGGCGACGACAUCCACAACGAGGAGAGCCUUUGUUCGCCUACCACAACCGCCGCAUUCGAAUCGUGGUCUUGUCCUUGUACCUCGUCUACACCUUGGCUCAGGCGCUAUACGAUGUCAAACUGUCAGGCGACUUCUACACCCUGCUCGGAGUGACGCCAUGGUCAACCGAGAGGGAGGUCAAAAGUCGGUUUAGGAGGCUGGCAUCCAAGUAUCACCCGGACAAACUUCAUGAGAAUGGACAAGCAUUUCCUGGCGCCGACGCAGUCUUCGUCCAGUUCAAGAUUGCUCACGAUACCAUUCUGGACCCUGCCAAACGCUUCGCCUAUGAUCGAUUCGGUCCGAUCAUCGUUCAAAGUCAUCAGCCAGGAUUGAAGACGAUCCGAGACUAUGUUUACGCUGGGUUGCGCUCAAAAGCUCCAGAAUAUGUGACGAGCGCAGCAAUGCUGGUCAUCUUGAACUACAUUUGGCUUCCCAGGUGGGGACAGUACUGGCGAUAUUUCGCGGUAGCAUGUAUGGCUUUUCUGGAGCUGUACUUUUUGACGCACAUCUGGCAGCCUCACAACCUGGUCAUGUUUUGGGCUUCUACGGCGCACAAGCUACUACCUCAGUUACUACCCCUACAUCUCCUGCCUUUCCAGAUUCUGGCCGUGGUAAGGCGGAUGUCCAUGUCUCUCAAUAUCUUUAUCUCACAAUUAGCUCCUCCUCAAGCGAGAAACCCAGAAUUGAAGAAUCAGCAGACGCAGCAGCAGAUUGCACAUUUGGCGCAGACAGCUGGCAGGUUGGACGCAGAGUCGGGCGCUCUGCUUCAAUUGGGGCUUAGUCCCUUCAGAGGCGAUGUCGAAAAGUCAGACACCUUGAAAACAGGGAUGAAAGAAGGUCUCCUCUCAACAACUCUGCGAAACAGUCCGCAAGUCAGAGAAGCAGUCCAGCGGGCACUGGAUAGAAGGAGACAGAGCCCGGUAGUGGUGCAAGAUGCAGGUUGAUUAAGGUCACUCUUGCCUGUCCCACAACGAGGACCUUGUGGAUUAAAACCCUUUCCAGAAUUAUAUUCGUUUGGCAUGCAAUCAAUCACAGGGUUCCAUCGACAAUAUCUUUAAAUUCUCUUUGUUUUGACCGUGCCUCCUUGUAUGCUUAUGAAACAGUGCCCAAGCUCUCAGUCCACGUGAGGGCCGGACUAGACAGGACUGAUUCUGGUAUGCCUGAAGGAGCCGACGAGAGACUUACAGCCAGUCGGCAAUGAUGACUCCAUAAUCUGUGUGA